ACCACCCUCCCCGCGCCCUCCGCGGCCGGGCCCGGCCUCCCGCUCCUCUUCUUGCUCCAACAGCUCACUUGCCAGCCCUUCGCCCCCCGGGGAAAAAGAAACAUUUCUCGGAGCGCACUCGUCAGCCCUGCCUUCCCCCCACCCCGCCGCGCUCGCCCUCCCCUCCCCUUCCCUCCCCGCUUUUCCAUCUUGGGGGAGGGGGGCCGUCGCCUGGGAUUGAAGGCCAUUGAUUUGUAUGUGUUUGUCCCGGCGCCGGAGGCUGCCCCAGCCGCCCGCGCGGGUGCCGCCGCCGCCGCUGCCGCCGGUGGAGUUGCCUCCCGGCUUCCCUAGGGUGGUUGGACUCCACCAAACAUGUCGGCUCCUGUCGGGCCGCGGGGCCGCCCGGCUCCCACCCCGGCGGCCUCUCAGCCGCCUCUGCAGCCCGAGAUGCCCGACCUCAGCCACCUCACGGAGGAGGAGAGGAAAAUCAUCCUGGCCGUCAUGGAUCGGCAGAAGAAAGAAGAGGAGAAGGAGCAGUCGGUGCUGAAAAAACUUCAUCAGCAGUUUGAAAUGUAUAAGGAGCAGGUGAAGAAGAUGGGUGAAGAAUCACAGCAGCAGCAAGAACAGAAGGGUGAUGCUCCAACCUGUGGCAUCUGCCACAAAACCAAGUUUGCUGAUGGAUGUGGCCAUAACUGUUCAUAUUGCCAAACCAAAUUCUGUGCUCGUUGUGGAGGUCGCGUGUCAUUACGCUCAAACAAGGUUAUGUGGGUAUGUAAUUUGUGCCGAAAACAACAAGAAAUCCUCACUAAAUCGGGAGCAUGGUUUUAUAAUAGUGGAUCUAAUACACCACAGCAACCUGAGCAAAAGGUUCUCAGAGGACUGCGGAAUGAGGAGGCGCCUCAGGAGAAGAAAGCAAAACUGCAUGGGCAGGCCCAGUUCCAAGGACCCUCAGGUGACUUAUCUGUACCUGCAGUGGAGAAAAGUCGAUCUCAUGGGCUCACAAGACAGGAUUCUAUUAAAAAUGGGUCAGGAGUGAAGCACCAAAUUGCCAGUGACGUAGCUUCAGACAGGAAAAGAAGUCCAUCAGUGCCCAGAGAUCAGAAUAGACGAUACGACCAAAGGGAAGAAAGAGAAGAAUAUUCACAGUAUGCUACUUCGGACAGCGCAAUGCCUAGAUCUCCAUCAGAUUAUGCUGAUAGGAGGUCUCAACGUGAACCUCAGUUUUAUGAAGAGUCUGAUCAUAUAAAUUAUAGGGACUCCAACAGGAGAAGUCAUAGACAUUCCAAAGAAUAUAUUGUAGAUGACGAGGAUGUGGAGAGCAGAGAUGAAUAUGAAAGACAGAGGAGAGAGGAGGAAUACCAGGCGCGCUAUCGAAGUGAUCCGAAUUUGGCCCGUUAUCCAGUCAAGCCACAGCCCUAUGAAGAACAAAUGCGGAUCCAUGCUGAAGUGUCACGAGCCAGGCAUGAGAGAAGGCACAGUGAUGUUUCUUUGGCCAAUGCUGAACUGGAAGACUCCAGGAUUUCUAUGCUAAGGAUGGAACGACCAUCAAGGCAAAGAUCUAUAUCUGAACGUAGAGCUGCCAUGGAAAAUCAGCGAUCUUAUUCAGUGGAAAGAACUCGAGAGGCUCAGGGACCAAGUUCUUAUCCACAAAGGACCACAAACCAUAGUCCUCCUACCCCCCGGAGGAGUCCAAUACCCAUUGAUAGACCAGACGUGAGACGUACUGACUCACUAAGGAAACAACACCACUUAGAUCCUAGUUCUGCUGUAAGGAAAACGAAACGGGAAAAAAUGGAAACAAUGUUAAGGAAUGAUUCUCUCAGUUCUGACCAGUCAGAGUCAGUGAGACCUCCACCACCAAAGCCUCAUAAAUCAAAGAAAGGAGGUAAAAUGCGCCAAGUUUCAUUGAGCAGUUCAGAGGAGGAAUUAGCUUCUACACCUGAAUAUACCAGUUGCGAUGAUGUUGAGAUUGAAAGUGAGAGUGUAAGUGAAAAAGGAGACGUGGAUCACAACUGGUUGGACCAUACGUCUUGGCAUAGCAGUGAGGCAUCCCCAAUGUCUUUGCACCCUGUGACGUGGCAGCCUUCUAAAGAUGGAGAUCGUUUAAUUGGUCGCAUUUUAUUAAAUAAACGAUUAAAGGAUGGAAGUGUUCCUCGGGAUUCAGGAGCAAUGCUUGGCUUGAAGGUUGUAGGAGGAAAGAUGACUGAAUCAGGUCGGCUCUGUGCAUUUAUAACCAAAGUUAAAAAAGGAAGUUUAGCUGAUACUGUAGGACAUCUUAGACCAGGUGAUGAAGUACUAGAAUGGAAUGGAAGACUAUUGCAAGGAGCCACAUUUGAAGAAGUAUAUAACAUCAUCCUGGAAUCCAAACCUGAACCACAGGUGGAGCUUGUUGUUUCAAGGCCUAUUGGAGAUAUACCUAGAAUACCUGAUAGCACACACACACAACUGGAGUCCAGUUCUAGCUCAUUCGAAUCUCAGAAAAUGGAUCGUCCUUCUAUUUCCGUUACAUCUCCCAUGAGUCCUGGCAUGUUGAGGGAUGUUCCACAGUUCUUAUCUGGACAACUUUCAAGCCAAAGCCUUAGUAGAAGAACAACGCCUUUUGUUCCUAGGGUUCAGAUAAAACUGUGGUUUGACAAGGUUGGUCACCAAUUAAUAGUUACAAUUUUGGGAGCAAAGGACCUCCCUUCCAGGGAAGAUGGGAGGCCAAGGAAUCCUUAUGUUAAAAUUUACUUUCUUCCAGACAGAAGUGACAAAAACAAGAGAAGAACUAAAACAGUGAAGAAAACUUUGGAGCCCAAAUGGAACCAAACAUUUAUUUAUUCUCCAGUCCAUCGAAGAGAAUUUCGGGAACGAAUGCUGGAGAUUACCCUUUGGGAUCAAGCUCGAGUUCGAGAGGAAGAAAGUGAAUUUUUAGGAGAGAUUUUAAUUGAAUUAGAAACAGCAUUAUUAGAUGAUGAGCCACAUUGGUACAAGCUUCAGACUCAUGAUGUUUCUUCAUUGCCACUUCCCCAUCCUUCACCAUAUAUGCCACGACGACAGCUCCAUGGAGAGAGCCCAACACGGAGGUUGCAAAUAUACCGUCUUCAUUUUCUUCCUGAGUCUCAUUUAUGUUCUUGUUUCUGCCAUGCUUUCAGUCAUUUUCUUACUCUACCUCGCUCCAGAUACAGUCAGAGCAUUGAACAUCAUCACAGGGAUGGCAGGGAUUGUGAAGCAGCAGAUAGACAGCCAUAUCACAGAUCCAGAUCAACAGAACAGCGGCCUCUCCUAGAGCGGACCACCACCCGCUCCAGAUCCACUGAACGUCCUGAUACAAACCUCAUGAGGUCGAUGCCUUCAUUAAUGACUGGAAGAUCUGCCCCUCCUUCACCUGCCUUAUCGAGGUCUCAUCCUCGUACUGGGUCUGUCCAAACAAGCCCAUCAAGUACUCCAGUGGCAGGACGAAGGGGCCGACAACUCCCACAGCUUCCACCAAAAGGAACAUUGGAGAGAAAAACCGGGGGUAAAAAGCUACGGAGCACUGUCCAGAGAAGUACAGAAACAGGCUUGGCUGUGGAAAUGAGGAACUGGAUGACUCGACAAGCAAGCCGAGAAUCUACCGACGGCAGCAUGAACAGCUACAGCUCAGAAGGAAACCUGAUCUUCCCUGGUGUCCGCUUGGCCUCGGAUAGCCAAUUCAGUGAUUUUCUGGAUGGCCUUGGCCCUGCCCAGCUAGUGGGGCGCCAAACUCUGGCCACACCCGCAAUGGGUGACAUUCAGGUAGGAAUGAUGGACAAAAAGGGACAGCUGGAGGUGGAAAUAAUUCGGGCCCGUGGCCUUGUUGUAAAACCAGGUUCCAAGACACUGCCAGCACCAUAUGUAAAGGUGUAUCUAUUAGAUAAUGGAGUCUGCAUAGCCAAAAAGAAAACGAAAGUGGCAAGAAAAACGCUGGAACCCCUUUACCAGCAACUAUUAUCUUUUGAAGAAAGUCCUCAAGGAAAGGUUUUACAGAUCAUUGUCUGGGGAGACUAUGGCCGCAUGGAUCACAAAUCCUUUAUGGGAGUGGCCCAGAUACUUUUAGAUGAACUGGAGCUAUCCAACAUGGUGAUUGGCUGGUUCAAACUCUUCCCCCCUUCCUCCCUAGUAGAUCCAACCUUGGCCCCUCUGACAAGAAGAGCUUCCCAAUCAUCUCUGGAAAGUUCAACUGGACCUUCUUACUCUCGUUCAUAGCAGCUGUAAAACUGUUGUCAUAGCAACCAGCGUUACAAAAAAAAAAAAAUCACAGGUCGCAAACCCUGGUAACACUGCAUGCUUAAUGUUGUGUCUUCUGAGCCUGUUCCUAGGGAUACAAAGCGAUCCUGUGUUCUCAGAGGAAGUUGCACACAUUGUGCCCUAAAGGAGGCCCUCAGGUGAAGGAGCGGAGCUAUGAAGAACUAUCAGGUUUGGAGUUCAGUAACACUCGAGUUUUGGUCCAAUCUGAAGCCAUGGAUUAAUAUCAAAGAAUCAGUCAGUUUCAUGCAACAAAAGCCCUUUUCAAUGGCACCUUUAUAUUUUUAUUGUUCCUUUUUCUUCAUUUCUCUGACCCCCAAAGUCCUGUGAUGCCACAGAAAUGGAGCUAUCCAGCCGUUAAGCCAUGUUAUAAGUGAAGGACUGACGUCCUGGGAAGCAUCAGGUGAAAAGCAAGAGACCAAAGACGAGGUCUAGGACAGAACGUCAGCCCUCCCCCGGACUGGACAGGAGCAGCCGGUCCAAAGUGACGACCUGAGCAGUGGCAGACCUCGGAGCUCCAGCAGGCAUGUCGUUCACUAAUGCCAAGUUGUGUUGGACUCUGAAAAACAAAAUUCUGUGGCUACACUGUACUGAAUGAAAUUAAACUUUUUUUUGCAUGGACAGAUUAGCUGAAUAUUUAAAUUAUUUUCUUGGGGCUGCAACUUGCAAAAAAAAUAAAAAUCAGCCAUUUUUGACAAUUUAUAUUAUUUUUAAAAAUAAAUUUCACUAGUGCAUGGUUUUAAAAAAGGGAGAGAAUGCAGCAGGGUGAUACAAAGACACACCAUGUUUAUUCUUUAAUCACAGUCUGUGUUUUGGCAGACAUUGCAGAAGAAAAUACUUUCUAGAAAAUACUUAAAAUUCUCUUUAUGUGACAAAUAAGUAUAAUAUAUUCAAUUUAUUUCCAUGGUAAAUAUACAAAUCUUACAAAGUUCAACAUGUGCAAAUUGUCCACAUCUUUCUUCCUUUCUCUCACUUUUCCUCUUCUCCCUCUUUUAAUCUUUUUAUUUUCUUUCUCCCUACUAGAGUGAACAUUAUGCUAAAAAAAAAAAUGACAAGUUUUUUGACCUGAUACUCUCUUAAUACCCCAUGUUCGGUUCAGAGCUGUAGAUACUUCUGAAUUUCUCAAGGAGGGAAAAAACUAUUUAAAAGCUUUCUUUAUUUCAAGCAUGUUGAAAAGGAUUUUGCAACAUGACUUGGGAGUACAUUAAAGUAAGUCAGCAUGUGUUUGAUAAAGAAGAUAUUUGAACUUUUGCAAUUUAUUGUACAGUGCAUGGUAAUUUUAUUUUCACCUUCCAAGUUCAGUUUACAGGAAAAUCCUAAAAUCAUGUGGCCAUUGUAAUGUCUAAUAAAUUUGUUUUUAGCACCAGCAUUAUUCAUACAGGGGUUAAAGUAUUAUUUCUAGAAGGUCUUAGGUUUUGUUUUUAAUUAGUUAAAAGCAAUUUCUUUAGUCAGUUUCCAUUUACUAUGUGAAUAAAAGCACUGCUAAAAAUUUGGAGCCCUGAAAGACAGGGCAGUUUAUUAAUUCAUUUUUCUGUAGUAAAACUCAAUUUUUCACAAAUUAUAUUUCUAAAGAAACAUAGCAAACAUAAAUUUGCAACAGAUAAUUUUAAAGCUCCAAUUUUUAGGUAAUUCAAAGAAAGUCAAUCUGCCUGUUAACCGUUCUUUGACACCAUCACCAAAAGUCUACACUCAAAUGCCCUAAAAUCAAACCCCUGCCUUUGGUUUUACAGACAGUUAUUACCAUUGGGUGGUGCUGCAAGGUCAAAUUUCUCUUAAGUUCCCCUCUUUAGAGGAAAAGUCACCGAGUAAUGUAAUAAGCCACCCAUAGUUUCUGUUUCUUUCUGUACACUUUGAUGACAUGUUCUUAUAGAUUGAUUUUAACUUCUAGCAACAGCUUUUGAAAUCUACAUACAUACCAUUUGUUUAAGUUAAUGCCAUGCACAAAAAUUGCUCUUUUGUGUUCCUUUUAAAUUCAGUGCUGACCAUUAAAAACUAUCAUGCUUGAUAUGGUGCAAAAGUUAAAAGUGAGUAUCACUAGAAAUGCCUUCUCUCUAUGUGGUGCAAUAUGAGAUACACCAAGCCUGUGUCUUGACAUUCUGAGACCUGCGAUGGACCCAGGUAAAGUUGCGAAAUAAACGAAUAAAAUAAUUUAGACACUUGUGUACCAGCAACAAUUGAUUUAAUAGACCUAUAGCGUCUAUACUAUCCCUUAGAAUAAACAUUUAACAUUUUCCUGAUACUAAGAUGCAGUCACAUAAUCUUUUGUGCAUAUUCCUAUAUAAAUUAUUUCUAAUUUUAAUAAGAAGGACAUGACUGUAUGGAAUAUUUGUACAUACCUGUCAUUAUGCAGUAUUUAUUUUAAAGUUGGUUUUUUUUUUUUUUAAUUUUCACAUGUCUGCACCUCAACUUGUGACCUAGUCAUGUAAAUAGCACUAUGCCAGUGACCAUUGCUGCCCUGUACAUAAUAUGUUUUAAAAGUAAAGGGAAUUCCAGUUGGAAAAAAUAUAAAGGGCAGAUUAGUCCUGUGAUGAACACCAACUAAUGUAAAACUCAAAUUCAUUCUGGUGAUGGUAUUUAACACUUUAAAUAAAACAUUUUCUUUACAGA